CGUUUGCCGGCUAUAUAUAUUUUUUUUAUUUAACCACGCAAGUUUUGGGUGAACGAUUAUAAUUUUACCGUUCAAGUGUUAUGUGAGAGAUUUAAGUUUGUGUGUAUAUGUAACAACUUUGGCUUUGUGUUUAGUUUGGUACGGGUGAAAUUGGUACCGGUAUUGGUCUUGGUAUCUGAUACCAAUUGGUCCAGUCAAGUUCAUUGUCGUGGUUAUCUUGAUUCAAAAACUGAUGAGUGUGUAGGUGCGCUUGCGCAAAUAAUGCGAGGUGUCACGUGAUCAAUGGCGACUGCGCGAUCGCGAUCCCCGCAAGAUGGCGUCCGAAGAAGACGCGACUUCACCAGGUCCCCUGUCGCCGUAUGUGACGCUGGGCGCGGUGCGUUACACCGUCCGCCGCGCGCCGCCUCCCCGCGCCUGCCCGUGCCGCUGCUGCUCCGAGGAGGCGGUGGCGGCGUGCCUCGGUCGCGCCAAGCCGGAUCGUCGCACGCUGGAGCGUUUCCAGCGCCGCCUGGGCCGGGGCUCGCGGGACGAGCGGCCCUCGCGGCAUCAACGCUUACGGGACCUCACUGAACGACUGCUGCCCCGCGCACACACAGCACCCACACCGCCACCGCCACCACCGCCUCCGCCGCCACACUCGGCGCCCGUUCUGCCGCCGGUCCCACCGCCGCGGACGCGCCAUCGUCACAGCCCUUCCCGCGGACUAUCCGUCGAUCGUUACGACGAUUUUGAUACCGAUAAAAUAACUCUUGUCCGGGUUGAACCGCGUUCCAUUGUAGGGUCGUACGCGCAAAAGACUAUACCUUACCGCAGUGCAUCUUUCUCGCAAGGUGAUUUUGCACAGGACAAAUAUUAUCGUGGUAAACAGCCUUCCAUAUUUAAUUUCGAAAAGCGUGUCAAAAGAAAAGACGAAAUUGAUUCUGCGUCUGCACGCGAUGACACAUCAAGUCUUACGGAGGAAAAUGUAACUGAGGGGGGAUCCGUUGCGUCGGUGGACUCUGCCGUCGGUUCUGACGAGGGACUCAUAGUGCAUGCAUCACCUGCGCCUCAUUCUAAUCCCCCAGAUGCUGUUCACAAACAGCUCGGUGCGCGUUCGUUGACACAUCCAUUGCCGCGUCGUGUACCUUCAGUGCGGGAGGAAGGUCAAUCCGAAGCCGGAGGUAGUUUACCAGUUUUAAUGCCCCCGCGCGUUCUCCACGAAUUACGCGAAGAAAGUGACGGCUCACAAGCUGACAGUGCGCAGGCGCAUAGUGAAGGUACUUCUCCCCUUGAGCCUGCUCAGCCUUUCGCGUUUCCUCCCCUUCCGGCCAUACCUACGAACGCAUGUGCAAACGUGGAUUGUGAGUGUAUUAAUUUUCCAUCGCGAAAAAAUUCCGCUAGUGAACUUGACACUUCUGUGCCAAUCCCAGUGCCGGUUUACGAGUGCAUAGUGAAACAGUGGUCUUCUGAUCUGCCAGUAGAAGAAGCACAGCGUUCGGAUGGAGCCUCUGAUGGUUCUUUAGAUCGAGAUAAAGAAGACGAGACUAUUACUAGUGAACAAGUUGCGAAUUUAUUAGCCGCGGUGCAGAAUCCUUGUACACCAGUUCCUAUCAGUACUAGAGAGAGACGGCGACCAUUAGAUAAGACUAAAAGGAGAAAAGGCAUUUACAUCACAACUGCAAGUGAUGACGGAGGUGAUGAAGAUCCUCCUUCUUCUUUAAAUGGUUGUCAGCGAGAAAGUAGUGACGUGUCAUUGUCAGACAUGAGACUUUCCGCCGAAGCGAGAUCCUCUUCCAUUUUGGGAGAAAAAUCUGACGAUUCAAAUGCAAAUGGACCUUCUAGUCCGAGUGAAGCUCCAACUCCAAAUUGGAUAAGAUCGGAUGAUCUUCGAGCUAGGCGAGCGAGAUUCUCUCAACAGAGCUCUGACGAAAGAGACGAUGAGAGCUAUCGCGUGAGAAGAAAAUUUGGAGUGACGUCACGCGGGGACUCGCCAUCUGAGGCGGAGAGCGACACCUGUUCAAGAGACAGAACAGCGUCGCCAUCCCCAUUUAGUCCAUCGGAUACAUCCGAUGUGGAAUCAAAACGACAGAACUUUACCAGGGGACCAUUCGGGAAAAAUUUAGAAGCACCUUCUAAUCGUUCCAUAGAAAGUGGACGAAGAAGUUUCUCAGAUGCUACUGUACCUUGUAGGAAAAAAAGCGCUGGCGCUGUCACAAACACUGGUUCUAGGUCAAAAGGACCAACUCACGUGAGAGCUACAUCCUCCCCAUCAAAACUAGCUGGAGUUAAGCCCGGAACUGAUUUACUGGCUGAACUAUUGCGAGGCAGUUCAGAAGCUUUGUCAAAUUCUUCCACCUUCGACAACGUGAUACUGACUUUGCACCAGCACAAUGACACACGGACACACGUGGUCGUCGAACUUUACGAGACGGAAAAAUCUUAUGUGGAGGCGCUCGAAAACUUAGUCAAGAAAUACCUCCAACCGCUUAAAAGUCCAGAGAACGCUGGACUCUUAGAUGCCUAUUUGGUGGAUGAAAUAUUCUACCAAGUACCGGCUAUCCUCAACGUGCACCAAGUAUUCCUCGAACAACUGAGGCUAAGACUUGAGCAAUGGGACCUCCAGCAAAAAGUUGGGGACGUGUUCCUCGAAGUGUUUACCAAACCCACCGUAAUGGACACCUACAUGUCCUUUAUCAACAACCUGAAAAAGGCCAAGGAAACGAUAAAAUCCGCAGCGGCAUCGCGACCUGCUUUUGCAAAGUUUUUGGAAGCACGUGCAAGAGACCACAAGGGAAAGUUGUCUUUAGACAAUCUCUUAAUAAAGCCAGUGCAGAAGUUUCCAAGCUAUAAGCUUUUGAUUCAAAGAUUGAUUAAACACACAGAGCAGUCGCAUCCUGACCACAAACUAUUGUUGGAAGCUCAGAGGGAGAUUCACGAUCUCUUGGAACUUAUAAAUUGUACUGAAAGAGAAAGUCUCGAACAAGAACAACAGCAACAGACUCUGAGGGAAUUAGAACAAUUGAUAGAAGGUCUCUCUAAUUUAGUGUCGGCUGAUAGAACAUUCAUUAGGCACGAGAUGGUUACAAUGCCAUCAGCGCAAGGAGCUGUUAAAGACAGAGCUUUAUUCCUCUUUAACGACACCCUUUUGAUAACAAGUGUCAAGAAAAGGACUGGUACCAUAAAGAAACCGAUUCCGACAUACCAAUGCAGCAUCGCGAGUCAAAUGGAAGGGAACAAAUAUAAGCUUCUGAUGAGGAUAUCUCUCGGAGACUUGGAAAUCGUGAAAGGAAAAGACGAAAACAUGAGACGCUUAAUCCAUGAAGUGGAAACGCUUACAGAAGAUGUCAAUACAUUGACUGUUAUAUCAGAACAAGUGGCCGCUCUACACACCCAGCAUCUUCCUUUAGAAGAGCUGGUCAGAGAAAUGUUACAAUCGGCCAAUAGACAGCUAUCUGAAAGACAGAAUUUUGAUAAUCAACUAUGCUGUAUGGAACUAACUUUGAAUACCUCAAACGUCCCAGAGAAUUUGACGGUGAUAUUUGCUAAUUCGGAAAAGAGGAGCAAUUGGGAGGAACUCAUAAACGAGACGAAGCAGAAGCUAUAUAUGUACGGCCCAGAGCGUCCGGCGCCCGAGUUUCUCUCCCCUGUCCCUAUAAGGAAGACGAGAGCCGGCCUACAGUUCACAUGCGCUGCCCCUACACUACCCCCGAAAGGACAACCGCCUGAUGUUUGGGUUUGCAACAGCGACGGGUAUGUCGGUCAAGUGUGUGUUCUGACUUUGAAUCCUAAGCCGCAAGUGACAUCUUGCAAUGGCGUCUGCAAUGCUAGGAUCGUAUGCGUUGCUUGCGUACCUCCCGCUCCGGCCCUCGUUCGCCAGCAGACAUUAGACAUACCGAGUACCAGCUCGUUGAACAGUUCCGGUAAUAAGCCUGGUAUAAGUAUUUCUGAUGCUGAUGAAAGCUGCAAGAAUAUACGUCUUGACAGCUCAUCAUCUAGUGAAGACGAGGACGAUGGCUCGUCCACCAGCGAGAAUCAAGACGCCCAGUCCGAAAGAAGCCAGGACUCUGUUCGGCUGCACAGCCUCAGUGCGAUCGGGGCCAGGGCGACGCUGACGCCUAACCAUAGCAAGAGUCUGAGCACGCCUCACACCGGACAGAACAUACCGAUACACCCAGUCAUGAAGUCCAGCUCGAAUCCCGCUGUCGACAAACAGGCUAUGGGAAUCACAUCCGGCACCUUAUCGUCACCAGCCAGUCGCCAGUCCUCGGAGGACAACGCUACGAAUCAGCCAACAAUGUGGCUCGGGACCGAAGACGGCUUCAUUCACGUGUACAACUGCAUGGACAACAUACGCAUCAAGAAGAACAAGAUUAAGCUACAGCACAGCGCCUCUGUGAUAUCCAUCAAAUACGUCGAGGGUCAAGUGUUCGUGUCUCUUGGUAACGGUGAAUUGGUCGUGUAUAACAGAGAUAUUGAUGGUACAUGGUCAGAGCGCGCUACGCUGGUGGUAGGUGGUAGCUCUAACCCAAUAUCCGCCAUGUUGGUGGUCGCUACGCGUCUCUGGUGCUCAACACAGUCCUACGUUAAAGUCAUCAAUCCGCAUACGCUGCAGGAGGACGGUUCAUUUCAAGUGCCCACUCACAGUCGUCAGAUCAGUCACAUGGCCAUCUCCGGUAACACCAUAUGGCUGGUGCUCAACCCGACGCAUAAACAGUCGCAGGAGGACGAUACAUUCCACGUGACCACAGACACUCGUCCCAUCAGUCAUAUGGCUGUUGCCGGUACCUCUUUGUGGAUGGCCCUCAACACGACUCCCCAGCUCCGAUGCUAUCAGACAAAUUCCAAGGAGCUGCUAGCUGAACUGAGCAUCACAGCGCCCGUCACUAAAAUGCUGCAUGGAUGCGACGACAUUAUCCGCCAACAUAAGGCGGCGUGUCUGCGAGUGACGGCUCUAUUGGCACAUCGAGAUACCUUGUGGGUUGGAACGUCUGCUGGCGUGUUGCUCACAGCGCCGCUACACAACUCGCCCAACACACGAACUGGACAGUUCACUGUGCCACAACUCACCGGGGUGACUUACGGUCACACUGGACAUGUUAGAUUUUUGACAAUCGUCGAAAAUCCAGUUCCGCAUAAGCCAACAACGAAACCAAGCACGAGCUUGAAGACGAAGGCUCUGAGUCGGCGAUCGACGAACGCUGAGAAACUACAGAAGCAGACAGAAAGCAGCCCGAACAAUAAGGAGACUUUGGUGAUAUCUGGAGGGGAUGGCUACGAGGACUUCAGGACGUCCUCCAUGUCCGAGGACGCGGGGCGAGAGGACUCCACAAAUCACCUGCUUUUUUGGAGGGUAUGAACGAAUUUUCCGGCCUACAGGGAUGUACCAACACCCGGAUACAGUUUCGGGAGGAGAUUGACUAAUACGUUUCACAAAUGGUUUAAGAAAUGCAUGUGAUAACAUGAUGUGACUAUAGUUAUUGUUGAGCCUAAUUUAUCACAAAUUUAUAAUUUUUUUUUUUGUUAAUUGUUCCAGCUUUUUAAAAAGGAAAUGUUGAUAUGAAUAAGUUUUUAGGGUAUUUGAAAUUGAUUUGCGCGUUAGUGCGUAGAAAAUAGUUCUGUAUUGAGAUUACUAUCGAUAAGUUUAGGACAUUAAAUGUCAAAAUAUAUCAACAAAGAUUAUUAUGUAUCGAAAUGCAAUGUUGCAAGUGCAGUAUUAUUAAAAUUAUCAUUAGCGAGACCCCCUCCGGUCCUGAGAUAUAUCAAAAAACCUGUUUUAGACGGAUUUACGUGUACCUACCUGAUCAUAUCAAUAUAAAAUGUUAAAUGUCCAUAACUAUUUUGUUAUUUACAAAUUAAAUCUUUAUAAAAAAAAAAUAUAUUUAAAUAUAUCAAUAUAUAUCAGUGUAUGCCUAAUCGAAUGAAAAAAAAAAUAAUGUUAAACUAUAUGUCCAUAGAGUUCUAUUGCCAAGUAUGUUACCGAUGUGUUUUUAAUAACAAUAUUAUUCCUUAAUGACAUUGGCUUUACGGUAGUCGCUGUUAGCUAUAGACAAAUUUUAAUCUCAUGUUUGACAGUCCGUUGUCGAUAUAUAAAAUAAAAAAAAAAAUAGAUGUUCUCAUUAGAUCUCUUAAUAUUCUUAAAUGGAAUUACAUAUAUGUACUUUAUCUAACGUGGCCGAUGCUAUCAAUGUACCGCUUAACAGAAUCUUGAAUUGCUCAAAAGUCAAAUGUUACUAUCCGCGGGAUGGCAUCCCGAUCAUGAACAGAGCAAGGUCUAUGAUGUAUUUAGUGUAAACGAUGUAGAUAUCUGUGACGAAAUUCUGCAGAAAAUGAAAUAAAGUCGCACUUUAAUGAAUUA